AUGCGCUACCCCAUGGUAGCCGCGACGGGGUCAUUCGACGUGUGGCGUCUGCAACAGUAUGCGGCGGCGUGCCCUGCCACCUACGUCAUCGAGCCCAUCACGGAGGCGCUGGCGGAACGCACGCGGAGGAUGAAGUGGUCCUUCGACCUCUGCGGCAACUUCCGCGACGCCGCCGACUUCGCGGCGCGGGGAAUAGGCUUCGUCGCUCUGCAAAGGGCGACCGGCGACAUUGCAGCCGAUGCGUCCAGCUUUGCCAUCUGCGACGGAGGUGUUGAGGUGGAGGUAGACACGGCGGAGUCACAUCAACGUCGCGGCUUGGCGCUGGCGUGCUCUGCUCGGCUCAUCUUGGAGUGCCUGAAGCGUGGCCUAUAUCCGAACUGGGAUGCGCACGUGCCGCACUCGGCGCACCUGGCAGAGAAACUCGGCUACACGCGAGGCACACCGUACAAGGCCUACGUUGAUGAGCUCCCAACAUGA